AUGAUAAAUCGAUUAUCUUCAUAAUCAUUCAAAACCAAUACAUAACAAUAUCCUAUCCAUUCCUUUAUCAAAUUUAAUAGAAAACGUUCUUGUGAAUGUUUAGAUUGUGGAUUAUACAAUAAAAAAAUGUUAUAUGUAACAACAAUACUACCAUUGUUUCAACCCUAUCAUCAUAUCAUAAUUAAACAAAAAGAAUAAAAAGAAAAAUUAUAGUAAAGAAAACGAAUCAAAAUGAGUAAUAAAAGACAUCUCAUUUAAAAGAAAACUAUCAUCGAUAUAAUGUAAUAACAAUAAUAUUAACAAAAAAAAAAAUCAAAUAGGCAUCAUAAUACUGUAUUUUACAAUCAUAAGGCUAAUAAUAUAUCUAAUCAAUCAAGUCUAUAUUCUAUUGAAGCUGUCUAAACUCCUACUAAACAUAAUUAAAAGUCUUCCAUCAUUUUUCAUAGGUACAAUUCCUUUUCUCCUCAUAAACUUUUUACUGAUAAAAAAAAUUUAAAACUUUAAACAUUCUCUCAAAGACUUAAAACAUUCUAUUUACCUAUUACAGCUCCUUUUGAAUCAUAAUUAAUUCUUAGACUAUAACUAGUUGAUGAUGGAAAAAUUAAAUUAAUCAAAAAAACUGGUUCAUAAGAUGAUUUCAUAAUUAAACUUAGACUUAAUAAAUUUGAAGAAGAUGAUAAAAAAAACGAAGAUUAAUCUACUUAAAAUAUAGUUAAUUUUCAUAUUUUAUAAUAAGAAGAUGAAGAAGAAGAUGAACAAACAGAAGAUGAAAAUAUCCUUAAUAUUAAAUAAGUAACUAUUUCUAAUACAAAAAAAACCUAUAAAAAUAUUUUAAAAUAUAAUCCAAGAACUCUACAAAGUUUAGUUGAUAAAUCAUAAUUAGGAUAAAGCAAAAUUAAAGAUUUUAUGGCACCCUGUUCCAAAUAUCAUAAACAAAACAAAACAGAACAAAGAAUCACUAUUAACAACAUAUCUCCAUUUAUCAAUAAUAUCAGUAGAUGUUCUCCUAUAUCUUCUAAUAAAUUGUUAGAUGAAAAAAGAAAAAAACCAAAAAUUAAACUCCUACCAUUAUAAAAUAGCAACCCUUUUUCAAAAUUCAAUCUUACUAAUAUUUCGCCAACUACUUAAUCUAGAACUAAACCAUAUCCAAAAAAAGCUCCUGUUAGAAAUAUCUUCAACGCACCUCUAAAAAAACAUCAAAAAAAUAUUACUUUUGGAUAAUUGUUGAUAAAAGUUUGA